AUGAGCUCCGCCACUCCAGGUGUGCCGCAGGUGCCGCUCCUGGAUGACGAUACCAUUGCCUUUGGAGAAGAGGACAAUGCAAAUAAACAAUUUGUGCACCCCUACAUAGUAUUUUUCCACCUGGUCUUCAGGAGUGCAGCAAUAGUAGUAUACAUCUUAUGUGGAUGGUUCUCUGACUCAUUUAUUGCAAGCUUCGUAUUAGUGAUAUUGCUAUUGUCAGCUGACUUCUGGACGGUUAAGAAUAUAAGUGGACGACUCUUAGUGGGUCUGAGAUGGUGGAACUAUGUCGAUGAUGAAGGCAAAUCCCACUGGGUCUUUGAAUCUAAACAGAACCGAGUAAAUAGCAAUGAAAGCCGGCUUUUCUGGAUGGGGCUGAUACUGUGCCCUCUCAUUUGGUCCGGAUUCUUCGUUAUCUGUCUUUUUGGGCUUAAAUUUAAGUGGAUGCUAUUGGUGCUAAUAGCGUUGACACUGACAGGCGCCAACUUGUACGGAUACGUCAAGUGCAAAUUUGGCGCGAAAGAGAAUCUGCAGUCCGCGACAACAGACUUCGUGAAAAGGCAGAUCUUCCAAAACGCCUCAACAUUUAUGUUCCCGCAGCCCGCCCCGCCCACUACUGGCAACACUGGUGUCGUU